AUGAGCCGUCUCCAGGUUGUUGACUCUCCCUCCGCGCGAGCAAGCAAGAGGAGACGCACUUCUCAAGCCUCUCCUGUCGAGAUACCUGCGGCAGUCAUGACCCCACCCGAAGACUGGGCUUCGCCGCAACUUCCUACUAUCAAGCUCACGCCUCUCGAAAAUACCUUGAAGACCCUCCUCGUCGAUGUUGCUCAGUACAUCCGGGAACACAACUUAAAAGGUGCGCGCAGCAAUGCCGACACUCCAGAUACUGUGCUCCGAUUUACGGGGGGCUGGGUACGGGACAAGCUGUUGGGCGUGCAAAGCCAUGACAUUGAUGUCGGAAUCAAUAACAUGACUGGCUACGAGUUUGGGACGAACCUCAAGAAGUAUUUGGACAAACCUGGGAUUCUGGAGAAGUAUCGGAAAAACCAUGAAGAAGGGGAACUACAACAAGCGAUCAUCCGUCUCCACAAAAUUGAGGCCAACCCCGAAAAGUCGAAGCACUUAGAAACGGUGACAACGAAAAUCUUUGGCUUUGAUGUAGAUUUAGUUAAUCUGCGGAAGGAGUCAUAUUCCGAAGACAGUCGAACUCCACAAAUGGAAUUUGGAACGCCGGAGGAAGAUGCUUUGCGCCGUGAUGCGACGAUUAAUGCUCUUUUCUACAACCUGAACGAGUCCAAGGUCGAGGAUUUUACAGGGAGGGGCUUGUUGGAUAUGAAGAAUGAAAUCAUUCGAACUCCGCUGGAGCCGUAUCAGACUUUCAAAGAUGAUCCGCUUCGAGUGCUGCGGCUGAUUCGAUUUGCUAGUCGACUGGGUUACCGCAUUGACACGGACACUGAGACUGCGAUGCAGCAUGGCGAAAUUAGCAGCGCACUCACGCAUAAAAUUAGCAAAGAGCGUGUCGGUAUCGAGGUGGAAAAGAUGCUCCAAGGCCCUGACCCCCGCGGGGCUCUUCAUAUUAUUGAUCGACUGAAGCUUUAUCCAACGAUUUUCGCCAAUCAUCAGGAUGAUGUGGUGCCGGAAACAUCAUCUUGGUCCCUCGCCUACGAUGCCCUCCAUCGCUUAUUGUCCUCGGAUGAGGAGGUAGAAGCUAUGAAGCGCGUCCGCACCCUGCUCGUGCGCGACACGCUCGAGAAGUACUAUGCUUGGAUGAUUGCUGCGCACGCUCCAUGGUCGGCCGUUUCUACGCGGGCUGCGCCUAGCGGCAAGAAGUCAUUUCUACCCCGGAUGGCAGAGGUUGCUCGGGAUAGCCUACGGGCAGAUAAUAAAACGGUUACAAUGCUGGGACAGACCGCGAACCACUGGCGUAACAUCAUUGACGUCAAAGCCGCAGUCGUUGAGGGUCUAAUGCAAGGGACACCAGCGGUGAUCCGACAACAGGUUGGGUUACACAUCCGAUCCUGGGAGAAGGACUGGAGACUUUGCAUCCUCUUGUCUCUGCUACAGGAGAUCAUGCAGGGGGGUGAGUUUGUCCAAGUGGUGCAAACCUAUGAUCGAUUCCUGUCCUACAUUCUCGAACAAAGACUUGACAGUGCAUUUGAGUUGAAGCCCAUCGUAAAUGGGGACGAGGUCAAGAAAUUCUUGGACGCGAAAAGCGGCCGAUGGUUGUCUACGGCCUUGGAUUUUGUGAUUCAGUGGCAGUUGCUACACCCUGAGAAUCAGGACAAGCAACAGGCACUAGAGGAGCUGGGUCGCAGACGAGAGGAGCUAGGUAUUUGA